AUGGUCACGUUACAAGUCCAAAGCAGAGAGAGAGAGAGAGAGAGAGGGAGGGAGGAAAUGGCCAACGCAAUCAAGUCUGCUUCCAUCUUCCUCGUGUUCUUCGUUCUCUUUCUCGUUGUGAUCGAAGUGCCGAAGACAGAAGCAGGCGACGAGUGCUUGAAACCGUACGGCGGCAAUGUCGGGUUUCGGUUCUGCGCUCCAAGAAUCUUUCCGACGUUUUGUUACCAGAGAUGCCGUUCCGACAAGGGAGCUAAAGGCGGAAGAUGCGACUGGAGAGGCGGCGGCAAGGUUAUAUGCUACUGCGACUACUGCAGCGACGAACCGCGGAUUGCGAUCAAAAUGAAAACGACGAACGAUGCUUAAUAUUAGCGUAUUCGAAAAUGUUUGACUGAUGAGUAGACGCCCAUGUUUCAACUAUAUGUGUCUCCUAAGGUUUAAAUCGUCUAAGGUGUAAUAAAAGAAAAAGCAAGGGGAUAUGUGUGUAUAGACACUAGUCUCUUGGUUUUCCUUCGUUUCCAUAUUUAGGCGUCCGUCUUUCCCUUUGAGUUAAUAAAGACAUCUAAGUUUUUUAUUGUUA